AUGUUCGCUCAAGUCGCCAUAUGUAUCGUCUCUACGUCAUCCUGUGUUCGCCAAUCUGUACGCGCCAAUCUGUAUCUAUGUUGCCAUGUUGGGAUAGGAACAUCAGCCGUGGAUUUUUUCUGUAUCAUGUGUGGUAUGGUCGCCUCUGUUGCAAGCUCUCUAUUUUUUUUCCCCGGCUAUUUCCCUGAGAUCAGUUCAUAUCACAAGCUCUCCCUUCCUCGGCCAUUCCCUUCGCGUUUAUCACAAGCUCUCCCUUCCUCGGCCAUUCCCUUCGCCCAUAUCACAAGCUCUCCCUUCCUCGGCCAUUCCCUUCGCCCAUAUCACAAGCUCUCCCUUCCUCAGCCAUUCCUUUCGCGUUUAUCACAAGCUCUCCCUUCCUCGGCCAUUCCCUUCGUCCAUAUCACAAGCUCUCCCUUCCUCGGCCAUUCCCUUCGUCCAUAUCACAAGCUCUCCCUUCCUCGGCCAUUCCCUUCGCCCAUAUCACAAGCUCUCCCUUCCUCGGCCAUUCCCUUCGCCCAUAUCACAAGCUCUCCCUUCCUCGGCCAUUCCCUUCGCCCAUAUCACAAGCUCUCCCUUCCUCGGCCAUUCCCUUCGCCCAUAUCACAAGCUCUCCCUUCCUCGCCCAUUCCCUUCGCCCAUAUCACAAGCUCUCCCUUCCUCGGCCAUUCCCUUCGCCCAUAUCACAAGCUCUCCCUUCCUCGGCCAUUCCCUUCACCCAUAUCACAAGCUCUCCCUUCCUCGGCCAUUCCCUUCGCCCAUAUCACAAGCUCCCCCUUCCUCGGCCAUUCCCUUCGCCCAUAUCACAAGCUCUUCCUUCCUCGGCAAUUCCCUUCACCCAUAUCACAAGCUCUCCCUUCCUCGGCCAUUCCCUUCGCCCAUAUCACAAGCUCUCCCUUCCUCGGCCAUUCCCUUCGCCCAUAUCACAAGCUCUCCCUUCAAUUCUUCGUAAGAGAGAGAGAGCUUGCAACAUUGCCCAUCAUAUCACUAGAGCUAUUGCAUUGGUCACUCUUCAUCAUUCUUCUAAUUUUUUUUUGUAAAUUCUGUAUAAUUAUUUUGCUUGUUAAGGGAUGGGAAGCAUGUGUCGGUGGUGGUUAUGGUGGUUAUGGUGGUUAUGGUGGUGGUGGUUUUGACACUAUACAUGUUUCUGGGUGUCUGUCUAUCUAUCGUACUCUAGAUAGACAGACAGACAGACAGACUGAAUUUACUCUCCAAUAUUGAUGAUGAUAAUAGCAAUAUAAAUAAUAACAACAAACUGAAGGAUAAGUUGCAUGAAGAAUUAUUAUUAUUAUUAUUAUUAUUAUUAUUAUUAUUAUUAUUAUUAUCAUCAUCAUCAUCUGGGUCGUGUACAGAAAUGGUACUCAAAAUCUACUUAAAAGUCAAUUAUAAUAAUGUGUGUCUGUGUGUGUGUGUGUGUGUGUGUGUGUGUGUGUGUGUGUGUGUGUGUGUGUGUGUGUGUUUGUACAUAUACCGUGUCAAUCUUCAUUGUUGACAAAAUAAAACAAGAUUGUACAUA